AUGGGCUAGAAUAAUUUUUGUUGCUCGCUAUAAAAAUUGUUACUCCGAACUCUUUGUAAAAAAUUAUUAUUGAUAAAAGGAUAUUGUUGCUCUAACUUACUUUUUCACCUGAUCCCCCAGCGAUCAUGAUGUUAAAGGUCAAACCAUGUUUCAAGUACGUCUCACAAAUCAUAUACGUAGUAUCACGGAGCAGAUAUUUAUCAUUGUUGCUUAUGUACCUAUAAUAACGUUUACUUUUAUUAGAUAAUUACAAAAAAAGCUUUUGUUUCGUCAAAUAAAUUGCCAGUUAAUUUAUCUUUAAGAAAUUAGUUUUAAUACCAAAUUAAAAUUGAAAGUAAAAUUUAUUACGUACAGUUUGUUCAAUAAAUCCAGGUUACAGCUACUAUCCUUACGUAGAAAAGUAAUGUAUUAAAAUGUUAAAUCAAUGGUUGUUCCUUAGAUACGUUUAGGGGUUCGUAAGGUGUUUCGUGUGCAGGACCUUAAGUAAAAGGUACUUUCUCGUAUUAUGUGUUAUAUGAGUUAAAAAUCGAAAACAAGGGUUGUGUGUAACACGAAACCCUGCUUUUGUCUUUACAUUUAUAUAUUUUCUUAUGUAUUUGAAGCAAUUCGAUUCGGGGAAAACGCUUUCAUUCGUAUUGUAUUAGCCCACAAUGCACCUUUAUAUUAUUUACUAACACGACAUUACAUAUUUUAUAGAAUUCUUUUACAGAUGUCAACUUCAGUAAACAAAUCCCCAGGACUACACCACCGGAAAGGUGCGUGUUUGUUAAAGUCAGUUUCAGUUUUUCUCAAUAUCGCCAGAAACGCAAAGGCUAGAAGUGUGACUAGUACAACACGAGUGGCUCCCAAGAAACAGAAAAUGACUUCUAAGGAGUAUAAAUGUCCUUCUAAAGUACUAGAUAUUGUUAAAAGAAGCUCAGCUUUCUCGCGAUCAGAGACUGAGACACUUUAUAAAAUUUAUAAACAGCUAAUUUCGGUAAAUAGACCGGCUCAGAUAGUAGACAGAUCUCUCGGGAGUACUGCCAGUAUUAAUAAACUGUCGAUAAAUGAGGGAAUCGACAGAACUUUAUUUCGGGAACUUCUGCAUAACACCUUCGACUUAAUUACCGAAGAUACUUUAAUGGAUAGAAUAUUUUGUGUUUGGGAUAAAAUGAAUGUUGGAUUACUGACGUUCGAUGCGUUUUUUAAUGGUUUGGUUUUGUUUCUGAAAGGAAAUGAAAAUGAAAAAAUUGAAUUCUGUUUUGCUGUAUAUGACUUAAACUCUGAUGGUUAUAUUGUUAAAGACGAAAUGUUUCAACUCCUAAAGAAUUGUCUAAUAAAACAUCCGCAGGAUGAAGAUCCUGACGAAGGGGUUAAGGAUUUAGUAGAGCUUAUAAUGAAAAAAUUAGACAAAGAUAAAGACGGUAAGGUUUCAUUAGAUGAUUUUAAAGGUUCUGUGGUGGAAGAUAAUCUUCUUUUGCAAGCCUUUGGAAAGUGUCUACCCGAUGAACGAGUUUGUGAUACUUUUUUAUUAACUAUAUAAGUUUACGAACAUUGCUUUAUAUUAAU